CUCAGUCCAUCUAUUGUGCGGGGAGCGGCUCAGCUUCUAGACUGAACUGUAAAAAUGGAGCGCAUUGUGUUUUGGGGGGCUGUUUUAUGGCUGUGUUCUUGUGAAAUCCAAGGACUCCAAGAUGUGUUUGUGUUGCAGGGAAAGGACUUACACCUGGAUAUAAAGAAACCUGUUGUACUUGACGAAACAACAGAUUUAUUCUGGAGAUUUAAUACCAAAAACAAUAUUGUUAAAAUCACUCCUGAAAGAAAGACAUUAUUGUUUAACAUCUAUAAAGGAAGGGUUGAUUUUGGACAAAAUUACUCUCUGUUAUUAAAGAAUGUACAACACAGUGACAGUGGAGAUUAUGCUGCAGUCAUGGUUGGGGGACAAGAGCAAAGGGUAGCUGAAUACAAGGUCACAGUCCAAGAUCCAGUGUCUCCAGUUAUUCUGACAGUGACCAACAGCUCAGACUCCUGUAACAUCACUGUGACCUGCAGCACAGUGGACUUAAAGAUCAGCAGAACGUUUAGAUGUGAUGCCCAAAACUGCUCUCAGGUGGAAGAAAAGAGUCUGAACACCAGAAAAAACUUUUCCUCUCUGAUUGUUUACCUGCAGCAAGACACCAUCGUUUGUAACCAUAGCAACCAAGUGAGCUGGAAACAGAGCAAGGUGACCAAACUGCAGUGUGAGCCAAAGCCAGUUCCCAAUAAAGCCAUCAUAGCUGGGGCUUCCGCUGGUGUUUUCAUCAUCUUGACUGUUGUGACUGUGCUUUUCUCUGUCAGAAAAUGUAAAAGAGGGAACCCAGAAAAUACAGUUUAUGAGAUUCCUCAGGACAUUCUACCAGACCAGAAUCAAAGACAGCCUGUCUCAGGAGAUGCCUCAUGUCAGUCUCCAACAUCCACUUACGCCUUGGUAGAGUUUCACACUGGACCAGAAACCACUAAAACCAAAAACGCCUCCCCCCAGCCAGAGACAGUGUAUGCUCAGGUUAACAGAGCUGCCAAGCCCCAAUCCACAGGCCCAACAACCAGCACCCAGAGCUGAAGAACAUCAAAACCUUGAAUCAGAAGUGCCUGACUCUGUGGUAUAUUCUAGGGAUGGCACGAUACCACUUUUUUAUGUCCGAUACCGAUAUUUUACAUUUGGAUAUCGGCCGAUACCGA